CAAUCCCUCUUAAAUCCCGUAGCAUUUUCUCUUCGCUGACAUCGCUCCUCACAACACGACCUGCUCCACCGACGACUGCUUAGUUUGGAGGCGGUUACCGGUUACCGGAGAUCUCUACCUGAAAUCACUUCCGAUGACGAUAAAAACUGUUAAAGUCAGUAAUGUUUCCUUGGGAGCAACUGAGCGAGACAUUAAGGAGUUCUUUUCUUUUUCUGGUGAUAUUGAAUAUGUUGAAAUGCAGAGUCAUGAUGAACGAUCUCAAAUUGCUUAUGUUACCUUCAAGGAUUCACAGGGACCUGAGACUGCAGUACUGCUAUCGGGAGCAACAAUAGUCGAUCUGUCAGUUACAAUAACUCUGGAUCCAGAUUACCAGCUUCCACCUGCUGCCUUGGCAUCAUCAGUAAAAGAAAGUAAAACUCCUGUUGGUGCUGAAUCUGCUUUACGGAAGGCAGAGGAUGUUGUCUCCGGCAUGCUAGCAAAGGGCUUUAUCUUAGGGAAAGAUGCCGUCAACAAAGCAAAGACUUUGGAUGAGAAGCACCAGUUAACCUCGACAGCCUCCGCAAAAGUUGCAUCUUUUGACCAAAAAAUUGGGCUUAGUGAAAAAUUUAAUGCUGGUGCUACAGUUGUGAGUGAUAGAGUUCGAGAAGUGGAUCAAAAGUUUCAGGUUUCAGAAAAGACCAAGUCAGCAUUUGCAGCUGCAGAACAGUCAGUCAGUAGUGCUGGUUCUGCUAUAAUGAAGAAUCGCUAUGUACUUACUGGGACCUCCUGGGUAACAGGUGCUUUUAAUAGGGUUUCUAAGGCAGCUGGGGAUGUAGGACAGAAGACAAAAGAGAAAGUGGAGAAUGCAGAAGAGCAACAGCAGCGAAAAGUGGAAGAUCAGUAUGCACAGGUCCUUUCUGAGCCACCAAAAUCAGCAGCAGCAGCAAGUGAGCAGCAUUCUUCCAAGCCUGCUCCUGCUCAGGGUUUGAUCCUUUGAUUUGCUUGUACAUAUAUAGCUUCUCUUAAACUCUUGCAAACUGUUUCCAGAUGAUCACCGACCUUUGUUUUGUCUAGAUUGGAAGUGAAUGUAGGACAGAUUUGACCAGUUACUUGGACAAGUUUGCAAUUAUUUUAUUUUCUUCUAUAAUAUCAACUGAAUUUCGUUGGUGUGAAAUGAUUUGUUU